AUGCACAAAUGCAAAAGGGAAGGUGUAACUCUAAAGAAGCUACUAGCAGAAGGUAAACUCAUCAUCUUUCCAUGGCCCGACGUCGGACCAUUUUGUUCAGAUGUUUCUAACGUGAACCCCCCGUUUUGGCAUAUGAAGGACAUUUGGAUGAAGCUCAUCUUGGCGAAAAAUCCAUCCGCCAAGCGUUCCUACGUGAGGAAGAGCAGCGUGAUAAGUAGCGGUAUGAUAAGGAGCAAUACGAUAACGCGCAAUAAUGCCACGUGCAGACGGAUGCACAGCCACGCAGAUACCCCCCCCUGCAACGAAGACAACUCCAGCUCCAUAAUAAACUACAAAAUGGUUCUAGGUUUGAAAAAAGUAGAAAUAAACAACCUGUCGUCCAUGUGCAGGGAUUUCCACAAUAUCUUCCGAAUUGACAAGCAUCAGUUAGUAAAGUAUACAAAUGAUAUUCUACCCUUUGUGAGGUAUCUCAGGACAAGUGAGAUCGUCAUGAUUUUACAUCACUACGCUUUUAUAUGUUACCAAAAUGUGCACUUCUACGACAGUGUGUGGAGCCAAGCCAUAAACCGGCUGCAUGAUAUUGACUGUAAGGAAUUGGCCCUUAUUGUAUACAGCAUGGGGAAGAUAAAGUACACGAAUAAAGAUAUGCUUUUCUUUUUCGAAAAGGAAAUAAAAAAAUGGGUGAACAAAUUUACAGGAAGGGAUUGUUCCCUAAUAUUGAAAGGAUUGAAAUGCUUAAAUUAUAACAAUGAAGAGAUUUAUUCACUUAUUUAUAACCGCAUUUUAGCAAUUUCAGAUAAUUUGAACAUCCUAGACAUUUGUAUCAUAUUGAAUACGCACUGUAAAAGUAAGAAUAUCAAUUUGAAUUUGUUUGAAACUCUGCUGGACAAAUCGCUGACUUUUUAUUCUGUCCUGAAUGAGCAGUGUAUUGGGUCGCUCCUAUGGAGUGUCAGUCAUGCUAAUAUUAAGGCGGAGAAAUAUUUUGCUUUGCUAGGUUUGAGGUUACGCAUGCUUAUGCACGAGAAAUUCGUGAAGGAAGGAAAGCUUCCCCCGAAAGAUCCCUUUGAGGAAGAUAAACCAGCCAACCAAUCGAAAAAUGAAUCAUCCCAAGGGGGCAGCAAACAACUGAAUGACCCCCCCCCAUCGGACGACAUAAACUGUGAGGAUAGCCAAAUAAGCAAAAACGGAUACAUAACCGAUUUUAAUUAUGACCUUUACGAAAAUAAUAGCGUAUCGAAUGACGGAAACGAAUCAAGCGAUAUGUCCGACCAUUUGGACAAUUGGAACUUCAGACUGAGUUCGAACACCUUGUGUAAAUAUGAAAAUGUCAUACCUUCUAUUAUAUACUCAUACGGAAAGCAAAAAACUUACAUGAAGCACAAUAUCUAUGUGGAUCGAAAUUUAUAUAAUCACAUUAUUAACAGCUACAGUGUUGAACAUAGCAUUAACAGCAGCCCACAAGAAAGUGUGUACCUCUUCGAUAUAUCGAGAAAAAUUUUAAAAGAUAAACAUAUUUUUGCUAAUCCGAAUGAAGGACAGAAAAAAAAUAAAUUAAGAAAAUAUCAUAUUAAAAAAUAUUAUCAAGAUAUAAUUUAUAUAGUAAAUAAUUACCUGCCAUUUUUUCUCCACAACAUACACUACAAUGAUUUAAAAAAUCUCCUUUUUGGGAUUGCCAAAAUUGAAAUGCCCGUGAAUAGAAAAUUGCUUAACGAUAUAUUUGAAUUAAUUGUUCAGUAUGUAAAACGUAAUUUGUACAAAAAUUAUGAAUUAAUCAAUUUGUCAAGAUCCUUAUCUCUGUUACCUCAUGUUAAGACAGACUUAUGGCAUUGCAUCAUCGAUUGUUACAAAAAUAAUUUUAUGCAAAAUACCAGUGUGAAGAAUAACUGUUACAUGUUUUAUAUAUUCUCCUUCGUUUGGAAGGGUUUGGCUGGAACAAAAUUUCAAGACGACCUAAUUAUUUAUAUACUUGAGAAAAUUGCCCAUCUGAGCAAAGAGGAUGUCAUACACCUCAUUAAAGGGUUAAUUAAUCUCAAUUAUUAUAAUCAACACUUGGUAAAUAAUGUAACAAAUUAUGUGAUAAAGAAUUACGAAUCCUUUAACCUCAUCGAUAUUGUAUACAUUUUAAAGUACUUCACGGCCAUGCACCUACGGGACGAAACUCUUUUCAACCUGUUUGCCCACACAAUCAAAAAAAACAACACCCGCCAUAAUUAUGCGCUCAUUUCGACCAUUGCUUCUUUCUACUUGGAGAUGGACAUAACUCCCAAAGCAAUUGAAGAUAUCCUACUGCAGGAGAGGAUGAGCAAGGAAAAAAAUUUCACCACGGAGGAAAUUCACUGUGAUGAAGAAUAA